UCAAGUUAUAAAUUUUCAAUGAUGAUUUUUUUGAGUACGAAUUUUCUUGUGCAUUAUUCCUAGAAGCUUCAACACAUAUGUCUACAUCGUGGAAAAAUUUGAGAAUCAUUUUUAAUAGCUAUUAACUUUGCAUGCGACUACAUACUACAUUAAAUUUGAAUUGCGGUAUAUUGUUUUACUUUCAAUGCAAAUAUUCUUUUAGAUUCAUUCUUUUCAGUAGUAAAUACAUUAAAAAAUCAUUUAAAAGGCACGCCACUGUCAUGAAAAAAUUAAAGUGUCAAACAGGACUCUUAUUAUAUAAAUAAGGUAACAAGACUUGUUAGUGAUUGUGAAUCAAUAGAAGAUAACAAAAUUCAGAAUGAACUCGAAUCUAUAUAUGUUUACAAAAUAUAUAAUUGCAUUUUUUAUUCUUGUGCCUUCAAUAUGUGCUGAUGAUUCAAAACAAUUAGAGGCUUUUAAAACCCAGAAAGUUAGUCCAGAUGUUGUGGCAAAUGUACCCGAGAAAAGGCUGGAAGUAAAAUUCAAGUCCAACAAAGAUGUUGAUUUUGGUAAUGAAUUAACUCCAACGCAAGUCCUUCAGGAACCACAAGUAACAUAUGAUGCAGACAAUAAAUCAUACUACACUUUGAUAUUUACUGAUCCAGAUGCACCUAGUAGAACAAAUCCAAAAGCAAGAGAAUGGAUGCAUUGGUUGGUUGUCAAUAUUCCAGGUUCCAAAAUAUCUGAAGGUGAAAUAAUAAACAAUUAUAUAGGAUCAGCUCCUCCGAAAGGAUCCGGUCUCCACAGAUAUGUAUUCUUGUUGUACAAACAACCGGAGAAACUGAAGUUUACUGAGCCUAAGCAUGGUCCCACUGAUGGAAAUCGUGGAAAAUUCAACACUGAAAGUUUUGCUAAGAAGUAUAAUUUAGGCAGCCCUAUUGCUGGUAAUUUCUUUCAAGCUAAAUGGGAUGAUUCUGUACCUGCUACUCAUAAGAAACUCGGUUUUUAAUUUGUUUUUUUUUUUUUUCAAAAUAUCUUUAUUUUGAAUAAAUUGUAUUCGUGAAUUGUUUAUAGUUUAUAAUGUUUAUUACUUUUUGAAUUGGAGCUUCAAAUAUUACAGAGCGAGCGCCAAGACUACUCCAAUUGUUGUGUUAGUAUUUAUUUUUAACAGUAAUUACAAAUUAAAAGUAACGAAAGCACAAAA